AUGCCGGCAAUCAAGAAGCGCAAGGUGACCGACGAGGCGACUGCGCCUGCACCUGCAUCUGCAGAAGAUAACGAUGCUAGCUCAGUGAGCUCCCAGUCUGGCGACGAGGGCACCUCCCCCGAGGCUGCCAACUCCGAUGAGAAGCCCACUAGCACUCCGAAGACCUUCAAAGAGCUCGGAGUGAUUGAUCCAAUCUGUGAAGCGUGCGCCAACCUCGGAUACAAGGCCCCGACGGCGAUUCAAGCAGAGGCAAUUCCCUUGGCUCUACAGAACCGGGAUAUCAUCGGUCUUGCAGAGACUGGUUCAGGAAAGACAGCGGCAUUUGGAAUUCCUGUCAUUCAAUCUUUAUUCCAGAGUCCCUCGUCAUUCCAUAGUCUCAUCCUUGCCCCAACCCGUGAGCUGGCAUACCAAAUCGGAAAGUCUCUCGACGCCCUCGGCUCUACGAUCAAUGUUCGGACAGCAGUCAUCGUCGGUGGUAUGGAUAUGGUCUCCCAGUCUAUCGCUCUGGGGAAGAAACCGCACAUCAUCGUAGCAACGCCCGGUCGUCUGCUUGAUCACCUGGAAAACACAAAGGGUUUCAGUUUGCGCACUCUGAAGUUCCUCGUUAUGGAUGAAGCCGAUAGAUUGCUGGAUUUGGAUUUCGGUCCACUUCUCGACAAGAUUCUUAAGGUCCUGCCACGAGAGCGUCGCACGUUCCUGUUCUCCGCAACUAUCAGCUCAAAGGUCGAAUCGCUACAACGUGCCUCUCUCUCCAACCCACUUCGAGUCUCCGUCUCUUCCAGCAAAUAUCAGACUGUCUCGACCCUCCAACAAUACUUCCUCCUACGCCCUCACAAACACAAAGAUAUCUACCUGAUCUACCUGUUGAAUGAGUUCGUCGGCCAGUCGGCCAUUGUCUUCACGCGUACUGUUCACGAGACGCAGCGUGUUGCCUUCCUUCUCCGCACCCUUGGCUUUGGCGCUAUCCCUCUCCACGGUCAGCUCUCACAGUCAUCUCGACUGGCAUCACUUGGCAAGUUCACGUCACGUAGCCGGGAUAUUCUCGUUGCUACGGAUGUCGCUGCUCGCGGUCUGGAUAUUCCCUCCGUUGAUGUAGUCUUGAACUUUGACCUUCCCACUGACAGCAAAACCUACAUUCAUCGUGUGGGUCGUACCGCCAGAGCAGGCAAGUCUGGAGUAGCAAUCAGCUUCUGCACUCAGUACGAUGUGGAGAUUUGGCAAAGGAUUGAGGGUGCGCUUGGGAAGCAGCUUCCGGAAUAUGAAGCCGCUAAGGAUGAAGUCAUGGUGCUUGCUGAGAGAGUUGGCGAGGCUCAACGCCAGGCGAUCAUGGAGAUGAAGAACUUUGAUGAGAAGAAGGGAACGAGAGGCAAGAGGUUCGGCAAGGGCAAGCGCUCUCGCGAUGAGAUGGAUCAAGAGGAAGGUUAA